AUGGAUAAUCAAGCCAUAUAUCGAAAUAAUCUAGCUUCUGCUUCUUCUUCUUCUGUAAAUAGUUCUUCAAAACCUGAUAUUGUACCUCCAACUAAAUCACGUCGUGGUCGUAAACGUGUAACUGAUCCAAUUUUAGCUACUCAAUUAAAAUAUCAUCGUCGUUCACGUGCUAAUGAUCGUGAACGUACUCGUAUGCGUUUACUCAAUGAAUCUCUUGAACAUUUACGUACAUUAUUACCAAUUGAUUCUGUUUCAUGUUACUCUUCAACUGAUUCAUCAAAUCAUGGUACAAUGUUAGAAGAUAAAUUAACUAAAAUUGAAACACUUCGAACGGCUUCAGCAUAUAUUCGUGUAUUAACUGAUUUACUCGAAGAUAGUAAUAAUUCAUCUACAUCAAGUUCAUAUUCUUAUAAUAUCUCUGAUCAACCACAACAACAACAACCACCACAAGUAUAUCAACAUUCUUCUUAUUUUGGUUAUACACCAAAUUAUUCUUAUUAUCAUCCUUAUUGUUAA